CCCGGACUCGACCGGCAUCCCGUCGGAGCACGUCGGGAGCGCCAGCGACCGGGGCGGCCUGGCGGUGGACAUCCGCGAGGUCUAUAAAGUCGCCCUGGACCUCUUGUUGCGGAGGUUCCAGUCCAGGCAGCAGGCAGACCGGCACAAGAUGAAGGCCACCGUGCAGAAGUUCAAGGAGCUCCUGCAGCUCAUCGCCGUCAAGAUGACGGACGAGGGCAAGAAGGAGUUCACGGAG